AUGGCCAAACAAAAUAAGCGAGCGAUUCGAAACCGUUCAUUUGCUUCUAGGUUUCUGCAUCUCGAGACUAAAGCUGUUCUGCACAUCGUGAACAGGUACUGUGCCGAUGUGGAUGUGGAUGCUGCAGAGGCAGCUGAAGCGGAGGCUAACGCGGCGGUUUAUGCUCAGGUUUCAGCGGUUAUAUAA